UCUUCAACCCCUCCUUCUCUCCUCCUUCAUGUUUUCCCUCCCAUUCUUCCGCUCUUCUUUCUCCCGGGUCCUCAUUCCUAAAUUUACCCUCGUACCUGGAACCAGUCGAUCACUCGCAACCAUGGCGACGGAUACUUCCAAGUACAAGCUUCACCACACUAUGAUCCGUGUCAAGGAUCCCAAGAAAUCCCUGGAGUUCUACAAAUUCCUCGGCCUCAACCAGCUCAACCAACUCGAUUUUCCCGAGAACAAGUUCUCCCUCUACUUCCUCGGAUACAACGGCCCGCAGUCGCUGCAGGGCGAGACGCACUUCACAGACCGUAACGGCGUACUGGAGCUCACACACAACCACGGCACCGAGAACGACCCCAACUACAGCGUGGUCAACGGCAACACGGAGCCUCACCGCGGCUUCGGCCACAUCGCCAUCUCCGUCGACAACAUCGAGCAGGCCUGCAAGCGCCUCGAGGAUGCCGGCUACGAGUUCCAGAAGAAGCUCACCGAGGGCCGCAUGCGACACAUCGCCUUCGUCAAGGACCCCGAUGGAUACUGGGUGGAGAUCAUCCGCCGCCACGACGAGGAUGUCGGCGCCACCACCGACCCGACCAGCUACCGCCUCAACCACACCAUGCUCCGCGUCAAGGACGCCGAGGCCAGCCUGAAGUGGUACCAGGACGUCCUGGGCCUGAAGCUGCUGCGCACCAGCGAGAACAAGGAGGCUGGCUUCAACCUCUACUUCCUCGGCUACCCCGCCUCCAACCCCGAGCUCAAGAAGGACGCCAAGAACCCCGUCGCCGAGUGGGAGGGUCUCCUGGAGCUCACCUGGAACUACGGUACCGAGAAACAGGAGGGCAAGGUCUAUCACGACGGUAACACCGAGCCUCAAGGUUUCGGUCACAUCUGUGUCUCGGUCGAUGACUUGAACGCUGCCUGUGAACGCCUGGAGUCCUUGAACGUUAACUGGAAGAAGCGUCUUACUGAUGGCCGCAUGAGGAACGUGGCCUUCGUUCUCGACCCGGAUGGAUACUGGGUUGAGGUGGUCCAGAACGAGGCCCUCAAGCCUGCCGAACAGUCUCUGUCGGGAUCGAACUAAGUCUAGGUGUGCAUUGAUUCGGCCUGACUACUUGACUCAAUUUGCGCAAAAAGCUUUCUCAUGUGCAUAGUUCGAUGAAUGUAUUUCAGCAACCAAGGGUAGUAUACUCAGUAAUUUGACUCCUUUCGGAC